AUGGCUGCUGCAAGGAGAGAAUACACCCAACGGGAGUAUGCAGAAAUGCAUUAUCUGUAUGGCUUUUGCGACGGCAAUGCUCGGGCUGCUGCCAGGGAAUAUCGUCAACGCUACCCUAGCCGUGAUCGUUUUUCAGACUACAGGGUCUUUAUGCGCGUACAUAAUUCGUACACGGAGGGAGUCUUACCCGGUCAGCACGCUCCGAGAGCAGGCAGACCAGCGGUGCGAUUUGAAAAUGGAAAUGAAGUGCUGAGAGAAUUAAGAUUGGAUCCUGGUAUAAGUCAACGCCAAAUAUCCCGUAAUCUCGGGAUUACAAGGUCGACGGUGCAACAAAUCAUUAAAAGAAAGAAAUAUCACGCCUACCACGUGCAAAGGGUGCAAGCUUUGGCGCCUGGUGACUAUGAACCUAGAGUGAGGUUUUGCAGAGAGAUGCUAAGAUAUCACAGAGAGGAUCCGCAGUUCUUCAACAAGGUAUUAUGGACGGAUGAAUCAAAUUUUAGAAGAAUGGGAGUAUUUAAUAUCCACAACCUACAUUUUUACUCCAGAGUGAACCCCCAUAUCAUAAGAAAUGAUCGAUUCCAGCAUCUGUUUGGUAUAAACAUGUGGGCUGGUAUAAUUGGCCAGCAGUUGGUGCUGCAUGAAAUGCCAGCAAGGCUGAAUGGUGCUCUGUAUUUAAAUUUUUUACAAAAUAAUUUAAACCGAAUUCUUAACGAAGCUGAGGUUCCAGAAGCAAGAAUAGCAGAAAUGUGGCUGCAACACGACGGCGCCCCGCCUCACUACGCUCGAGCAGUUCGAGAUCAUUUGAACGAGCGCUUCCCCAACCGGUGGAUUGGUCGAGGCGGACCUAUUGCGUGGCCACCCCGGUCGCCCGAUUUAAAUCCAUUAGAUUUUUUUCUUUGGGGCUAUUUUAAAGAAAUAGUUUAUCAAGGAGAGAACAAUAGCGAACAAGAGUUACGACAAAAGCUCGAAUUUGCUAGGGUGCAAGUUAUUAACAACAGAGGUGCAUUCCGUAGGUUACGUAGGAAUUUUAUUAGACGGUGCAGAUUAUGUGUUAUGGUCAGAGGUAGGAAUUUUGAGCAUUUAUUGUAA